CAGAAAGGUGACAGAACAAAAUUACCGUCAACCAUAGUCACCCUAGCCGGCAGUAAGCCACAGCACCUACAACGUUUCCUACACCGGAAAGCCAUAUUCAGAGCACCCCCUCUCCCUCCCUCCCCUCUCGAGUCCCAAACUAUCUCUUUCCUUGCCCCCGUGCUGUGACAGGGACGAUGGCCGAAAACCAGACCGUCGACGACGACCCAGAGUUUGCAGCAGCGGAUCACCCGCCCUCUUUCGACACGGAGGAGAUGCCUCAAGGCUCCGAAGGAGGCCACUCCUCAUCUGCAGAUUCCGACUCCGAUGACUCUGAAGACGAAGCACUAGACAUCAGAACGCUUGAGCGGGCAGUUCAGGACAGUCCUAAUGACUACGAUGCGCAAGUUAAGUAUAUAAAGUCCCUGAGGAAAGCAGGAGAAAUCGAGAAGCUUCGAGCUGCCAGGGAAUCGAUGAGUGCGCUGUUCCCGUUAACUCCGACGAUGUGGCAGGAAUGGGCUAGCGAUGAAUCGUCCUUGAGUACGAGCCCUGAGGCACUUACUACAGUGAAGAACAUAUAUGAACGAGGGGUUCAAGAAUAUCUGUCUAUUCCUCUUUGGUGUAAUUAUCUAAAUUUUAUUCAAGAAUACAAUGAAUCCGUCUCCACAUUGACGAUAGAUGGUGUCGCCAAGAUGAGGGAUCUGUUUGAACAAGCUCUAACUUCUGGUGGACUACACAUUGCUGAAGGGAGCAAAAUCUGGGAUGCAUACAGGGAAUUUGAGCAGGCUUACCACCUAGCUAUUGAUGAGGCCGAUGCUGAGGAAAAAGCUAGACAGACUGACCGCAUUCGUAGCCUUUUCCAUCGUCAGUUAUCUAUCCCCCUUGCAAACAUGAGUUUCACGCUCGAUGAGUACAAACAGUGGGAGAUUGGGCAGGGAAAACUUGAUGGGAUGACAACUGAUUUUGAUAGCAUUCCAUCUAAUGUUAUGUCUGCAUAUAAAAAGGCUUUGGGGAUGUACAAUUCUCGUGCCAGUUAUGAGGAACGAGUUUCUGGUCCAGACGUGUUGGAAACAGAGAAAUUGCAAGGUUUCAUGUCCUACAUAAAAUUUGAAGAGCGAUCUGGUGAUCCUGCAAGGACUCAAGUUCUUUACGAGCGUGCUAUCACAGAAUUUCCAGUAUCAAGUGACCUUUGGCUCAAUUAUACGAGUUAUGUGGAUAAUAAGUUGAAGGUGCCUAAUGUUAUCAAGGCUGUGUAUACUCGGGCCACUAGAAGCUGUCCAUGGAUUGGAGAGCUCUGGACAAGAUACUUGCUUUCGUUAGAGCGGCUAGGCAGUUCAGGGGAAGAUUUGUCUCUUGUGUUUGAGCAGGCACUGCAAUGUAGUUUUUCAAGUUUUGGUGAGUAUUUGGAUAUAUUCCUUACUCGCAUUGAUGGACUAAGGCGGGAGCUUUCUACCACCUCUGCUACAAGUGAUGAUCAAAAUUAUGAUACCAUAAGGAAAACAUUUCAGCGUGCUUCGGAAUACUUUUCACCACAUUUAAAGGGCACAGAUGAAUUCCUGCAUUUGCAUGCAUAUUGGGCUCGCCUAGAAGUUGAGCUUGCAAAAGAUCCAGUUGCUGCUCGAGGAGUAUGGGAGAGCUUAAUAAAGUUGAGUGGCUCUUUGUUGGAAGUCUGGCAAGGAUAUAUAGCAAUGGAAAUUGGAUUGAAAAACAUUCAUGAGGCAAGGUCUAUCUAUAAGAGGUGUUACAGUAAAAGAUUUUCAGGAAGUGGGUCAAAGGAUAUAUGUACUUCAUGGUUGCGAUUUGAAAGAGAAUAUGGAACUCUAGAAGAUUUCGACCAUGCCAUGAAGAAGGUUACUCCUCGCUUGGAAGAGCUUCAACUAUUCCAAAUACAACAAGAAGCAAAGCAUCAAAAUCACCCUUCUCUGGAGUCUGUGGAGAGGAAAGGCGAGAAUCUUGCUAACAACACAUCUAAGAAGAGGAAGACAGAUAGAGGUUUUUCAGCUAUGCAUCCUGAAGCAAAGCGGCAAAAACAGAUAUCUGAUGGAAAACCCAAAAGUAUGUCAAAACAGGGACGGGGAUUUGUUGGCACAUCAGAGCAUUCUUCAGAAUUGGUUAGGCCCACAUCUGCCAAUGAGGGAUCAGAUGAAGAGAAGCCAAGGGAGGAUUCUAAACCAAGUCUCUACAUUGAUCAGUGCACUGCAUUUAUUUCAAACCUUAGUCUGGAUGUAACAGAAGAACAUUUGCACAACUUCUUCAGUGAGAUGGGUGGAGUAACUGCCAUACGCCUAUUGAGGGAUAAAUUUACUGGAAAAUCACGGGGUUUGGCAUAUGUGGAUUUCACCGAUAAUGAACAUCUUGAAGCUGGAAUUAAACAAAAUAGGCAGAAACUGCUUGGGAAGAAGGUCAGUAUUGCUCGUUCAGAUCCAAAGCAGAGCAAAAGAAGUAGUGGAAGUGGUACAUCCAGGGGAAGAGGUGGACGAGCAUCUGACGGUAGGCAUGAAGGUAGGCGCGAAAAUUUAAGUGAAGCAAGUCGACAAGUUUCGUCAGUAUCCCAUAGGCGUGCGGGUCAUGUCCAACUCAAAGGUAAUACCACAUUUGCUUUGCCAAGGAGCAUUUCUAGGCCCCUUGGCUGGGGUACAGGCAGUUCAAAGAAUGAAGAUGGCGAGGAUAAGCCAAAGUCAAACGAUGAAUUCCGGAAGAUGUUUCUCAGUUCUUGAUUCUUGUACAUAUGUGCUGUCACAAGAAGGUAUAUAUGUUUAAUAUGGGUAGCUUUCGUACGGUUCUCUUGUAUGUUAUGUAACGACACGGACAAUUUUGGUUGGUGCUGUACCCACUAGCCUUUGAAUUUUUAAGCUCUAUUAUCAUGAUGCACGUGCUUGGUCUA